AUGGAGGUAUCUAAUAGAGAAGUAAAGCAAAUCUUGCAGAAGAUGGUGAAUCCGCAAAGGAAAGAUUGGUCUAAGAAAUUAGACGACACAUUUUGUGCGUAUAGGACUGCUUAUAAGACACCCAUAGGGACUUCUCCCUAUUACAUCAUAUUUGGGAAACCAUGUCAUCUUCCGGCAGAAUUAGAAAACAAAGCUUAUUGGGCGAUUAAGAAGUUGAACUUGGACCCUGAACUAGCCGAUAGAAAGAGAGUCGAUAAUUGGCAUGAACUUGAAGAGUUUAAACGUCACGCGUAUGAGAAUUUCAAGCUGUAUAAAUAG